AUGACAGCUACAAGGCCUGACAUAAUGUUUAGUGUGUGUCUCUUGAGCAGGUAUAUGGAGUCUCCAACAAGACAGCAUAUGCUUGCAGCUAAGAGGAUCCUAAGAUAUCUUAAAGGAACUCUAAGCUAUGGAAUCUGGUACGAGAAAGGAGGUGAAGGAAGCUGUCUAGUAGGAUACACUGACAGUGAUUAUGCAGGUGAUUUAAAUGACAGGAAAAGCACAAGUGGAUAUGUUUUCUUCCUAGCAGGAGGAGCAGUGUCUUGGGCUUCAAAGAAACAGCCUGUGGUCACUCUGUCUACAACAGAGGCUGAGUUUGUGGCUGCUGCUGGAUGUGCUGCGCAAUGUGUUUGGUCAAGAAGAAUUUUGGAUCAAAUGGGCUGGAAAAAGAGUGUCAACCAACCAACCAGGAUUUUCUGUGACAACAAUUCUGCAAUCAAACUCUCAAAGAAUCCAGUGUUACAUGGCAGGAGCAAACACAUUGAUGUUAGAUUCCAUUUUCUGAGGGAUCUAGUGAAGGAUGAAGCUGUGGAAUUGGUGUACUGUGGGACUGGUGAACAGGUGGCCGAUAUUAUGACCAAGGUUGUGAAGGGAGAAACCUUUGAAUAUCUUCGUGAUCAGCUAGGAGUGAAGAAGCUAUCUGACAUUGAGGAUCUGAAAGUGAACUGA